GUUGUUGAGCCGAAUUAGGAUCACUUGUUUCCGAGAAACGUCAAGUGAUUCAUAAAUAAAAAUCAUCUGGCAGAUCUCCUCAAUUGUUUCCAUUUUUCCAUAAAAUCUCAAUUUUAUUUGAAUAACAAAAGAGUGGCUUUCGCAUACAAAAAAUUUAUCCUGCCGUGAUCAAAUUUAGAACGGAAAAUCGUCGAAGAAGUUUCUAACCUAGAAACUGGUGCAACAAAAGGAGGAAUUUUUUCGUCUUGAAGAUUAUUUAUUAUUUUGACACAACGGGGGCCGAACAAUCAGCAAUGUCUGUCUCACAAAUGGAGAAAAAUUUGUUCAACCUCAAGUUUGCCGUGAAGGAACUUGAGCGAAAUUCGAAAAAGUGCGAGAAAGAGGAAAAGACGGAAAAGGCGAAAGUGAAAAAGGCCAUACAAAAGGGGAAUAUGGAGGGGGCGCGAAUCCACGCAGAAAAUGCAAUUAGGCAAAAAAAUCAGGCGCUGAAUUAUCUGCGAAUGAGUGCCAGGGUGGACGCGGUCGCGAGUCGAGUUCAGACUGCUCUCACAACUCGAAAAGUGACCCAGUCGAUGGCCGGCGUCGUAAAAGCCAUGGACGCCGCCAUGAAGUCGAUGAAUCUGGAAAAAAUUUCGGGACUUAUGGACAAAUUCGAGAGUCAAUUCGAGGAUCUGGACGUCCAGAGUUCGUAUAUGGAAAAUGCGAUGUCGCAAACGACGACCACGAAUGUCCCGCAGAACGAUGUCGACUCGCUUAUGCAACAAGUUGCGGACGAAGCUGGACUCGAACUCAAUAUGGAACUGCCUGCGGGUCAAUUGAGCAGUAUAGGAACCUCGACUGUGGUUUCUCAAGAACAGGAUGAACUCACUCAGCGAUUGGCUCGCCUCAGAGAGUAACCUUAAAAAAAAUCCUUACAUAUUACGUGUAUUAUAUUAGUUUUAUGAAAAGUUGUCUACAAAAUGUCGCACUCUGAAGCUGAAAGUGCACUCUAGAUAUUCGCACGCUUCAAAAAUGGAAUAAGUUCAUUUAUGAAUAAUGUGCGUCGCAAAGGAACGAAAAUCUGCGAAGAAAUGAAUAAGAGUAAUGCGAAAAAUAUGUUACGCGAAACGAAAAAUAUUCAGUUUAAAAAAAUUAAUAAAUUUAUGCUCUUAAAGAGCUUCGAUGUAACCGAUUCGGAGUGUAAUAUGCGUCGCAAAUGUAGAUUGUAAUUUGCUAAUAUACAUAUAUUAUAUAUAAUAACACGGAGUUGUAAAUGUUCGACCCAAAUCGCUUUUACUGUAUUGUACUUUUAUUCAUGUAAAUAAUUUUAAAUAUAUUUUGAAGGUGUUGA